AUGCCGCCCACCUCGGCCUCGUCCUCCCUCACAAUCACCAACCCCCUCCACCUCUACCGCGCCCACCUCGCCACCUCCCGCCUCCUCCCCGACCCGCACCAGCACCGCGCCGCCCUCAUCCUCCAAUCCGUCUACGAGCGCCUCCUCGACUACACGCCCCCCGCACACCUCAACACGCGCCUACACUCCCUGGCCCGCGCACUCGACCCCACGCCCACCCCCCCACCACGCCGCCUCUUCCCCAAACUCCUCAGCCAAAACCGCGACUCCAAAAACCUCAUCCGCGUCCUCACCACCGCCGACCACGCCCUCGAGCUCGACACGCCCCAGGGCCUCCUCCUCAGCGGCGAGGUCGGCACCGGCAAAAGCAUGCUCCUGGACCUCCUCUACCACUCCCUCCCCACGGCCUCAAAGAAGCGAUGGCACUUCCACGCCUUCAUGCUGCACAUCAUCUCCUCUCUCGAGGCCAUGCGGCGCACCCGCGCCCUCCCCGGCGAGGAGAACGAGUACUCCCUCCUGCGCCUUGCGCGCGCAACGGUGAUCGAGAGCCCCGUGCUGUUCCUCGACGAGUUCCAGAUGCCGGAUAGGGCGGCCGCGAAGCUUGUUAGUGGCUUGCUGGUCGGCUUCUGGGGUAUGGGCGGCGUGCUGGUGGGGAGCUCGAAUUGCCGCGCGGAGGAUCUGGUCCAGGGGGCGGGAGCGGGGAGAGAACGUGAGUUUGAUGGCUUUCUGAAGGCGCUGGGCAGGCGGUGUCAGUUCUGGGAUAUGGGCGGGAGCAAAGACUGGCGGAGGGAAGCUAGAGGACGAAACUGGUGGCGCGUCGGCUUCGCCGGCGAGGGUGCGAACGCAGCUGGAGAAACCACUGCGGAGCCCGAGCCAGAGCCAGAGACCCCCGGGAAGCAGCCCGCAUACUACUUCACCACCACCUCCCCGGCCGCCUCCUGGGACGCCGCCAUCAGAUCCGCUCUCAAAGCCACCUCCCCCACCUCCCCCACACCACCCACCUUCACGCCCUCAUCCCUCACAAUCUACACGCGCACGCUCCCCAUCCCCCACUCCCACGCCGGCAUCGCCCUCUUCACCUUCUCCGAGCUGUGUGCGGCCCCGCUGGGGCCCGCAGACUACAUCACCCUCACGUCCCACUACCACACCCUCUUCAUCACCGACAUCCCGCCGCUCACACACGCAACCCUCAAGAACGAGGCGCGCCGCUUCAUCACCCUCCUCGACGCGGUCUACGAGUCGGGCGUGCGGCUCGCGAUCCGCACGUCCGCGGAAAGCAUCGACGAUCUCUUCUUCCCCGACACUGUCCCGGCCCAUGCUGCUGCCACCGCGGAGUGGGAUAUGUCCGGCGACUCAGACCCGCUCAGUGCCGAGGUGUAUGCAGAGGCGCACCAAGACCUCACGGCGCCGUUUAGGCCGAAUAUUGUUGCGUAUGAUGAUACUGGAAGGUCGGAAGCUGCUGCUGCAGCGGCGCCGGAUUUUGCGGAUGUGGCGGCGUGGACGGGCGAGGAUGAGAGGUUUGCGUGGAGGAGGGCUGUGAGUCGGUUGUGGGAGGUGACGGGGGAGGGGUGGUGGGGUGGGGUGGAGUGGCGGCCGCCGGCGCUGAGGAGGGGGUGGGAGGGGGGUGCUGAGCAGGUGGUGGUGGAUGGUGGGGGGGAGAAGGGGGAGGUGGAGAAGGGGGAGAUGGUGGGGACGCAUGAGAGGGAGGGGGUGAUAUUUAGUCCGUUUCGGAAGCACCCGCAGGAGCCGCCGAGGUUUGGGGGGGAGCAUUUUUGGAGUGUUGUGAGGUGGGGGAGGAGGGCGGGGAAUUGGGGGAAGGGGGUGGAGGGGGUGAAGGAGCGGAAGGAGGGCGGUGGGGAGGGUAGAUAG